GGCGUUUUAUUCGAGUUAUUUCAUGACAACAACACAGUUUGUAUCGUAAAAGUCAAGGCUAUUAAUCACCGAUUCGCAUGAAGUGAUUUUAUCUGGUGUUUAGGUUCAGAGACCGUAGACAUGGAGGAUGAGGAGCGACGGAGGAAGCUGGAGGCCGGUAAAGCGAAGCUGGCAGAGUACAGACAAAAGAAAGCUCAGAGUGAUGGACAGAAGAAGAAGAAGAAGAAAAAGAAUAAAGCAUCAGAACAGCAAGAAGGAGAACAAGAAGAAUGUGAAGAGAGAAAGAAUGUUCCAUCUACAGAGCUUUCCUUCUCCAGAACUCUCAGAAGUGGAGACACUAUAAAGCAUGAUCAAACAUACACAGUAGAGCCUGAGAGUGAAAUCUCCACCACAGCAGAAGAUUACUCCUCAGAGGUGAAUGGUCAUGAUGCGGCUGAGAAAUCGCUGGAGGUUGUGGAGGAGGAGAUCUAUGGGCCUGGUAGAUUGCAGGAGAUGGAGAACGAACUCGCAGCAAAAAACAUGGUGGUGGACGAAUUGAGCCGAGAACUAGAAGAAAUCAGAGCUACGUUUGGAGCUGAUGGAGUACAACAGCUCCAGGACUUUGAGGCAGCUCUGAAACAAAGAGAUGGCAUAAUCACACAGCUAACGGAGAACCUGCAGCAGGCUCGGGCUGAGAAGGAUGAGGUGAUGCGUGAGUUCCUCGACCUCACUGAAAAAAGCCAGAAACUGCAGAUCCAGUUUCAACAGUUACAGGCAGGCGAGUCAAUAAGGAGCUCCAGUAUGAGCAGUGCUGCUGCAGAUCUCCUGCAAGCCCGACAAGACGUUCUGCAUUAUCAGCAACACCUGGAUGAGAAAGAUGCAACAGUCAAAAGUCUCCAGAUGCAGCUAGAAGAUAGGAAUAGAGAGAUCAAAGGUCUUCUGGAGCAGACAGAAGAGAGAGACAAAAAAGUCAAACAUCUUCAGGAGCAGCUACAGGAGAGUGUGACUAACGUCAACAGCCUCCAAGAGCAGAUACUGCAGAAGACCCAGAUUCAGCAGAGGAUGUUUGAACAUGAGGUCUCAAGGGACACAGAAGAAGUAUCUUUUACCCAGAGACUUCAAGAGAAGGACAUGUGGAUUAAAGAACAGGAAACGCUCAUACUAGAGCAUCAGCAGUUAUUAUCCCAACUCAGAGACAAUCUCCAAGAAUCUGAGAAGCGUUUUGUUAACAUUAGUGAACAACUGGACAAAAAGGUCCGUGACCUAGAGGGUUGUGAAGCAGCGCUACGGGCUUCCAAGGAGAAGGAGCAACUUUCAUCAGGUGAAAUCUUACAACUGAUGGGCACUGUGGAGGCUCUUCAAAAACGCUACCAUCAGGGCAACCAGUCAGAAGAUGAGGUUCUGCAGAAGGCACAGCAAUAUACUACACAAAGCUUGGACCACCUGAGGGCAGAACUGGAUGAAAUGUAUGGGCAGCAGAUUGUACAGAUCAAGCAAGAGCUCAUUGCUCGGCACAAAGAAGAAAUGGCAAAUAUCCUCAAUCAGCAUUCCAUGGAACUGAAAAAUGUCUUGGACAAACAUUGCAUCGAAACUGAGCAAAUAACAACUCAGUUGACUCAAAGCACUGGUGAUGUCAAUGUCCUAAAUGUCAGGGUAAUUGAGCUCCAGCAACGGCUGCAGGAGAUGCAGGUCCUGCGAGAAAAAGCUGAACAUGAUCUCUCAAAAACAUCCGAGGAAAAGAUAUUUCUGCAAACCCAGGUGCAGCAGCUCAUAGAGGACUUGCGCUUAAAGGAACAAGAGAAGAGCCAAUCAGAGGUGCAUCUCCAGCUUCAGGCUACAAUAACUGAUCUUCAAGCUCAGCUAAAAUCUGUUCAAGAAGCCUCAGUUGAGCUGAAGGCCAAGCAUCAGUCUGAGAUUACCAAUUACCAGAUCAAGCUAGAGAUGAUGGAAAGGGAGAAGGAUGCAGUACUGGAUCGCAUGGCUGAGUCACAGGAAGCUGAACUUGAACGACUUCGCACACAGCUUCUAUUCAGCCAUGAGGAAGAACUUUCUAGGCUUCGUGAAGAUCUUCAGCAUGAGAGCCAGUUGAAUGUGGAAAACCUAAGGGAUGAGCUCAACCAGCGACAUGAGGAAUCUCUCCAACAUCUCCGCAGUGGGUAUGAGGAACAGAUAAGGUUGUCUGAGGAUGAGAGGUCAAUUUUGGCAGCAGAAAGAACCUCUCUGCUGCAGGAAGUUGUAACACUGAAAAGUGACCUGAACCAAGCACUAGAGAAAUCUCAGGUGGAGGAGCUGGUGGCACAACUAGAGGUCCUGCAGGCAGAGAUUCAGGAGCUAAAACAGAGACCAAGUGAAAAGGUUGAAUCUCAUGAACUGUACAAAACCGAUCUCACAAGGAAGUAUGAGGAGAGUUGGGAGGUGAUGGAAUCUGAAAAUAAACUUCUGAAAGAGACGAAUGCAACCCUGUCAGAAGAACUGAGGGCUCUUGAGGAGGAUCACAAAAUGCUGAUGAAGAACAUUGACUCACUGAGGUCAGAGAACAGGCAAGCAAACGAGAUGGCCGAAGAACUAAGAGCUGAAAUUGAGAGGCAGAAAAGUACAUUCUCAUUUGAAGAAAAGAACUUUGAGGUGAACUACCAGGAACUAAGAGCAGAGCUGGAAGAAAGACUCCGGGUACAGGCGCUGCAGUAUGAGACCAAACUCCAGGGCCUUGGAACACAACUCCAGUGUCUAAAGUCUGAAAUGGAAUAUGGAUCCACCAAGAGUAUGAAAGAGGAGGAUGAAGAAACAGAUAGAGGAACAUUAGUGGAAAAAGAUACAGCAGAGCUAAUGGAGAAGCUCCAAAGUGUGGAGCUGGAGAGGGACGUGCUAGUGAAACAGGUGGAACAGAAAGAGACUGAGAUAAAAAAGAUGAGACUGAAGAAUGUAAAGCUGGAGGAGGAGAUGGAAAGUAAGGAAAUGGAGUAUAAGGGAGUACAACAGGAGAAAACAAGGUUAUUGGAACAGCUGGAACAAAAGGAGGCAACUGUCAAGAUGGUAGAGCUAGAGAAGGCAGGACUUGUUGAACAGUUGGGGCAGAAACAGAUGAAGCUAAAGCAGUUGGAACUAGAGAGAGCAGGGUCUGAAGAACAGACAAAACUGAAAGAUCUAGAGAUAACAAGGGUGGAGCUUGAGAAAAUAGGACUGGUCCAGCAGGUAGACAAGAAAGAGGCAGAGCUGCUGCAGAAGGAGGCGGAGCUUGAAAGAAUAAAGCUAGAGAAGGCAGAGCUAUUGCAGCAGGUGGAGUCGAAAGUAGUACUGCUACACCCAAAGGAGGGGGUCAGGAUGGAGAAGGCAGAAACGGUGCAAGAGGUGGACCAGAAAGAGCUGGUGCUACAGCACAAAGGGGCAGAUCUACAGGGGGGGACAGAAAAGGAGGCACUUGUGCAAGUGGUGGAACAGAAUGAGGUAGUGCUACAGCAGAAGAAGGAAGAGCUGCAGAGAAGAACACCAGGGAAGGAAGAGCUGCAGAGAGGGAAGGAAGAGCUGCAGAGAAGAACACCAGGGAAGGAAGAGCUGCAGAGAAGAACACCAGGGAAGGAAGAGCUGCAGAGAAGAACACCAGGGAAGGAAGAGCUGCAGAGAAGAACACCAGGGAAGGAAGAGCUGCAGAGAAGAACACCAGGGAAGGAAGAGCUGCAGAGAGGGAAGGAAGAGCUGCAGAGAAGAACACCAGGGAAGGAAGAGCUGCAGAGAAGAACACCAGGGAAGGAAGAGCUGCAGAGAAGAACACCAGGGAAGGAAGAGCUGCAGAGAAGAACACCAGGGAAGGAAGAGCUGCAGAGAGGGAAGGAAGAGCUGCAGAGAAGAACACCAGGGAAGGAAGAGCUCACAAAGCAAGUAAAGAAGACGGGUCACAAGGCAGCCAGAAAGGCAAGACAAAAAGGCAGCAGGGGCAAAGGUUUAGAGUCAAAGCCUGACAUGAAGGACAAGUAUCAGCUCAAGAUGAAAUAUUCUGAGGUGGAGCUUGAGGAAGAGGAGACGGUUAAGACUGAGCUUUUGGCUCCACCCCUUUCUCAGACUGCAGAGGAGGAGGAGAGACCGAGAGAGACUGAUGUCUGUGUUGUGCAUCGCAAUGAUGGUGUGAAGCAGCAAACACAUGCUCAUAUUAAGCUUGUAGCUGUUGCAGAGACACACUGUUGCGCAGACACUGACACACACACACACACUCCGUCUGCUGCUGCAGCGUCGCACACAGUUAAAGGGAACAAGCUGAAGAGUGGCUCAGAGAAACAGGUGGCGAGCCAGUAUGGAGAGACAGACUUGGUCUCCACAGUGACACUAACAGAUAGCAUGGAAGGCCAUGAACAUGAGGAAUGCAGGCUACAGUUGGAGGCUCAGCGUAUUAGCCUUUCUCAGAUACAUGCUGCUCAGUUAGAGCUUCUUAAAGAGAGACUGCCCGAGUGGGAGGAGCCUGACAGAGAAGGUGUGGCUAAAGUAAACCGAAAGCUGCAGCAGUUGGAUACAGGUGUUUUAUCUUCACACACUUGUGUAACGUUACUGAGUGAGGAUGGAAAUGAGGCGGUGUGUGAUGACCACUCAGUCAGGACCGAAGACGGUGUCCACACCUCUACACUCACUGUCGUACAGGAGGAAUUUCAGGAGUCGGUGAAGCAGAAGAUGCAGCUUCAGGAGGAACAGCACAGGCAAGAGAUUCAUCAUCUGAGGAGUUACUAUAGUGAGCAGAUCAGAGAAAUGGAGGAACGCUACACCAACGAGAUUCUCCAUCUACAGGACCAACUGCAGGACGUGACUCCCACAGAUGUCACGCACAGCAUGCCAAGUGUUUCUGCAAAGGACCAGCAGCUUCAGAUGCGACAGUAUAACAUUGAGGAGGAGAUUGCCAGGGUGAUCGUGCAGAUGUCGGUGGAGUUUGCCAAGCAGAGAGAGAAGAAUCGCAUCAGCAUGCAGGACAAACAGAGUGAGGAGACACAUGAGUGGGUGGAGCCUGAGAGAGUGAUUCAGAAGGAGGAAGAGUCUGGGAGAGGAGGAAUGGAGCGAUGGUAUCCCAGCAGGCAGUGCAGUAGCACACAGACAGGAAUGCUGAGAAGUGGAGAAGGGGAUGAGGACAAAGAUGAGGAGAGAGAGGAAAAGAAGAAGGUUGAACAGUGUGCUGAGGAGGAAGUGACAUCACAGCUGACAUCAGCAGACACACAGGAAAGAGUGCCUCAGGUGUUAGUGGACAUGAUAAAGAUGGCCGCCCUAAUGGAGGAGAGUGUCAGAGACAAGCCUACCACACACCCAGAUGAACCUGAGAUGGACAACUCCAUCCUGUUGUCAGGGGCAACAGACACUGAUGAGGGGCUGGACAUGUCUCAGGAAGCAAGCCCUGCUGUUGAGGGGGCGGGGUCUUUGUGGAGUGUGAGCUCCAGGCUGCAGAAGGCCGUGGAGAAGCUGAUCUUCACCCUCACUGAGACACAAAUACAGUUGGAUCAUGCUCGGUUAACUCAGACGGAGUUGAUGAAGGAGAAAUUCAGUUAUGACCAGCAAAUCGCUGACUUACUAAUCAGACAAGAAGAGCUGGUGCAGAGACUGGAGGAGGAGAGAACAGCUCGAGAGAAGCUCACAAUGCAGCUCCGGCACGCUGAAGGUUUGAUUGAUGGGUAUUCAGAUGAGAGGCGAGGUCUGGAGGACCAGGUACGUGAGGGGACGGCACUGCAACAGCAGCUUGAGGUGGAGCUUCAGAUGACGAGCAGCCGACUUCAGGAACUACAACAGGAAAAACAAGAAGUCGGUGACCAGCAGGAUCUGUUACUACGGCAACAAGACAUUAUGUGUGGAGCCAGAGAGGCUGAGCUAAGCCUAGUUGAGGCUGCAGUAGCUGAUGCCCCUGAGGCAGGACUUCUGGAGGAGACUGAAAAGCUAUUGCAGGAGAAGGUUGAUGUUCAGCGUCAGGCCCAGAAGGAUCACGCAGAGCUUCUAGGGCAAGUGAAGCAGUUGGAGAUGGAGCUUGAGCAGCAGGUGAGAGCCAUGGCCAAGCUGGAGAAGACUCAUCUGUCUGAGAACUCUGACCUCCGUCAGCAGAUUCAUGCUCUUGAGAAACAACUGGAGAACAAUCGGCGCUUCCUGGAUGAGCAGGCUGCAGACAGAGAGCAUGAACGCGAUGUGUUUCAGCAGGAGAUUCAGAAACUGGAGCAACAGAUGAAGAGUAGCAGUAAGCUUCAGGCUGACCACAGAGAGGUGGAGGAGCUGAGCGUGGCCCUGCAGGAGAAAGCUGAUUGGUGCAGUGAGCUUUUGUUGCGAGUGGAGCAGCUGCAGCGGGAUGUGCAGGAGCGUGACGACGAGAUCGAGAGGCAGGCGGAGCGAGUGAGGGUGUUAGAGGAGGUGCUCACAUCCCACGACAACCACGACAUCACGCCAGCCAGGGAGGAUAGUAAGCAGUAUGCCUCCAUGGCAGGCGGGGCUGAUGCCACCCUGGAGUCUUUACUCCAGACAGAGAGAGAGGCGCUGGACAGGAAAGAAAAAGAGAUUGUGAAUCUGGAGGAGCAGUUGGAGCAGUUCAGGGAUGAGCUCCAGAACAAGAGUGAGGAGGUUCAGCAGCUGCACAUGCAGCUAGAGAUCCAGAGGAAGGAGAUUAGCACACAACAGCAGGACCUUCAGGCUCACAGCAGCUUACAGGCGGUCUUGGAGGAGAAGAACAUGCAAAUUGUUCUUCUUAAUGAACAGAUUGCUAAACUUCAGCGUUUGGAAACUACGAAGCCUGAAGUCAAGGAGAUGGAGGUAAAGAAUGAGCUGGUGCUUGAGCUUGAGUCUCAGGUCGAGUACCUCCGUGGUGAACAGGAUCGGCUAAAACGAGGCAGUGAGGAAGAAGUGGAGCAGCUAAACUCUGUAAUCGAGAAACUCCAGCAGGAGCUUUCCAAAAUUGAGCACAAACAAUCUGGGGAGGAAGAGGAGGAUGAUGAUGAUGAUGAACUGAAACAGAAGAUGGACCACAUUCAAAGAGAGCUUGACACCCUGAAGGAAGAGCACUCCUCACUUCUCAGCAAAUAUGGAUCCUUGCAAGAGGAAAGAGAGGUAAAAGAGGAAAAGGGGAAGAAACAUGAUAUGCUAGUGCUUGAGCUUGAAGACAUGUUGAGGGAGAAGACUGCAGCGUUAGUUGUGGCCCAAGUUCAGAUACAAGCUUUGGAGGAGAGUGCCACCUUCACAGUGAGCAGUUUAUCCCAGCAAGUGGAGCAGUUGGAGAAAUACUUAGAAGAGAAAGAGCUGGAGCUGAGAGAUUGUAGAUUAGAGGUGGAUGAAGCAAAAACCCUCCAUCUGAAGAUCUCCCAGCUGGAGGACAAACUCAAGGAGAAGAGCCAGUUAGUCAACCAAAAGAAUCUUGAAACAAACAUUCAAACCAAAGAGUUGUGUAACACACAAAGUGGGCAGUUCCUGGAAGACAAGACACAGUUGGAAUUAAAGAUGGAACAUGGAGAACUUUUGAGCAAACCCACUGAUGGGAAAGAGAGAAGUUUAAAGCAGCAGUGUGGAAUAGUACUGGAUCAGGAGAAGGAUGGACAUGAGUUCAUCAAGGAAUUAAAGGUCAUUUCUGAAGAAGAAAUGGAAUCGACGGUAGUUUCACCCACUGCUGGAUUAAUAGAAUCUAGUUCAGAGAUGGAGGUUAAACAGUCUGCUGUAAAUACAGUGAAGAAUGCUGUCCUCCUGAUAGAGAAGCUGAGAAAUCUGGAAGUAGAACUUGGUUCCAUGCCAAAGGACCAGGAAUUGGAUAAACAUCUGCUUGCCAGUUCAGAAGAGGAAGUUGAAGAGUACGAGAAAAUGCUGAGAAAGUUAAUGCAGAUGCUUGAGCAAAUGAAAACAAUGAGGUCAAUUGAACACACUGCUGUGACUGAGCAGCUGAUUCAGGAACUGCAGCAGGUCAAAGGUCAGUCAGCAGCUGCUAAGGAACAUCUGGACAGCUGUAGAACUCAGAAUCAGGAUCUGCAGGAACAGAUAAAGCUUAAGGAGGACCUGAUUGAGAAGCUACAGGAGGACAUACACAAGGUCUUAGAGCACAGUACUGAACACUCUACAGUGUUUUCAGCACUUCAGCAGGAACUUCAUGAGGUUAAAGAUCAAGCAAAAGCUACCAAAGAGGAACUGAUCACCUGUAAAGAGCUCAGCCAAAGACUUCAGCAACAGAUUCAGGAGCGAGAAAUGACAAUAGCUCUGCUGAAGGAUCAGGUGCACAAGGCAACUAGUGAAGUGGACAGUUCUAAGCUGCUUCAGGAGGUCAAGCAUGAAGCAGCAGCAACUAAAGAAGAACUAAACAGCUACAUAGAACUGAGUCUCAAACUGCAAGAGCAGAUACAGGCUCGAGAUGCAUCUAUUGCCCACCUGAUGGAGGAACUCCAGCAACAUCGUACAGCUUUAACCAAAUCAGAAGAAGAGAAAGAUUUGGGUUCCUCCAAGAAGAAAAUCGGAAGGGAUCAUCAUGGAAAGGUCAAAGGUGGCAGCUCAGCCAAAGACAAACAGUCUCUCUCCAGGAAGAACUCCAGUACGUCACCUGGCUCUUUGCGUGUGUCCACUGUGGACAUGGGGACACAGGUGGAGGGGGUGGAACUUGGGACAGAGCUAGAGGAGGUGAUUGGCCAAUAUACUGAACGAAUCGAACAGAUCCGCGAGCUUCAUGCAGCUGAGAUUAUGGAUAUGGAGAACAGGCACAUUGCAGAGAGCGAGAGUCUGAAGAAGGAGAACCAGAGACUGGAGAAAGAGUGUCACAUGAUCAGAGAUAGCAUUAACAAACUCCGCCCUGUACAGGUUGUGAGAUCUGAUCACUCUGCGUCCUCCCCAUUCAGAGACGGAUACACCAGUGACAGCAGCUCAGAGGUAGGCUCAGAGUUCAGGAGCACACCUGAGGGGGCGCGGCCAGACGACACACACCUGCCCGACAAGGUUAAGGCUCUUCUCAGGGACGUCCAUCAGGAGGGAAUGCAGGUUCUUUCUCUGUCUGAGAGGAGUCUGUGUGACGAACCUGCUGACCACAGCAGUCUGUUAGCACAGAUCACACACCUCCAAGCUCAGCUCACACAGCUGCAUCAGGAAGCACACACCACCCAGCAACUGAAUCGCACGAUGGAGGAACAGACAGGAGAGCAUGACGGAGAGGCAGAUGAGUGUGAGAGACUGAAGGCCGAGCUGGCACACGUCAAACUGGAACUGACGACAUCGCUGAAAACCGAACACACACACAUGAGAGAGCUUGAAACUCUCAGGGCCGAACUGCGUGUGAAGGACUCUGAGCUGGACGCAGUCAGUGACCGCCUGGCAGAGGAGCAGAGGCAUGCGAGAGAGCUGCAGUGGGAGGUGGAGAGAGAGAGGAGCAGAGCUGACCGAAGGGCUGAGGGAGAGAGAGAGGAGCUGGAGGAUGUGAGACUCGCUAUGGAAGAUGAGAGAAAGGUUUCAGCACAGAGAGAAGCAGAACUCUCCAAAUACAUAGGCCUGGCCACACAGCUCCAGUUCCAGCUGGAAUCUCAGACCUCUCGGCUAAAUGAGCUGAGCGCUGACCUUCAGAAGGAGAAAGAGCUUAAUGCUGAACUGGUUAAACAUACACAACUCCCCCUACAGGUGGAGGAUGGCAUUCCCCCUGUACUGGACAACGUGCUCCAAUCUCUGCAGGCCCAGCUGAAGGAGAAGCAUGCCACUGUGGUGGAGCUGAGAGCACAGUCAGAGCAGAGGGUGCUGCAGGAGCUGGAGCAGAAGCAUCAGUGGCAGGAUGAGAGGAUCCAGCUCCAGAGACGGGUAGAUGAGCUUCAGAGCUUGUUGGAGGGAGAGAAGGAGCGAGGGAAGGGUAUAGAGAGAGAGAAAGAAAGGCUGGAGUAUAAAGUUGCAGAGCUGAUGGAGAAGAGUAGCCCCAGUGAGCAUGUUGAUGUCUGGGCGUUGGAGCAGAGAUCAGACAAAACUGUGCACCAGGACUCCAUCAAUACACCCAUGAACACUGCAGGAGCCUCAUACAUCAGGGACAUGGAUGGAGUUAUUGCAAAGCUACAGCAAAUUACCUGCAAAAUAAACAGGCUUGCUGUGGAGGGUGCUGUCAGAGAGAGCUCCAGCUGGUUACAGAGAAACAUUCAGGAUGUUGUGUCAUUCCUUCAGAAAUUCUCCUCAGCGCCCCCUGCUGGACCACAGAGUUCUGCCCUGCUGACUGGAGGUUCCUCCAGUGUGUUAACGGAGCGACUGCUGCAUCAGAAUGCAGAGCUCACAGGUUUCGUCAGUCGUCUAACAGAGGAGAAGAAUGAGCUGAGAAAUCAGAUACUGAGACUGGAGGAGGAGCUCAGGAAACUGCGCCACCUUAAAGCUCAUAGCUCUCUCAGGCCUGGCUCAGAGGUCCCAGAGGUACAGAAGGAGGUGUGGAUGAGAGAGAAGAGCAAGAUGGAGAAAUCCCUCCAUCAGGCAGAGGCAGAGAUUUCACGUCUUCGGGCAGAGAUCCGCUCUGACACGGUGCGAGAUCUCAGCACAUCCGACGCAGACAACGCCACAAUAAAGAGGAUUUACGGGAAAUUCCUGCGCUCUGAGAGUUUCCGCAAAGCUCUGAUCUACCAAAAGAAAUACCUGCUUCUGCUGCUGGGUGGUUUUCAGGAGUGUGAGGAAGCUACACUCUCACUGAUCGCAGGCAUGACUGGUCCACAUGUGUACACACACUCCACCUUUCUGCAGUGUGUAAGUCACCGGCGCCGUGGAUACACACGCUUCCGUUCUGCCGCCCGUGUCUGCAUCGCCCUCUUCAGGAUGCGUUUUCUGGUACAGAGAUGGCAGAAAGUGACAGGAGGGUCAAUCACCAUCAACAGGAAUGGACUAGGACAAAGUCCAGUGAUGGAGGUAAGGAACGACUCUCCUUACCUGCAGCCAUAUGGAGAGAGAAGAGGAACAAACAGAGGAAGGACAGAAAGAGAUUCACCUCACACUGCACACUCCACACAGCACAGGUAUGGAGGGAUGAGUACAGAUGGAGGAGUGUUGUGUUCUCAUCUGCAGAAUUAUGAUCCAGAUCGAGCGCUGUCUGAUUACAUCACCAGACUGGAGGCACUGCAGCGUAGACUGGGGAGUGUGCAGACAGGACCAUCUUCGUUUGCUCAUUUGCACUUUGGAAUCAGACGAUAGAGAUGUUCAGUGAAACUGAAAAAAUUAACACACAAAACCACUCAGUUGCCUUUUAUUACACUGAGCUGCUUUGGUUUUGUAUAUAUAAAUUAAUGUAGAUUUAUUGUUUGAUGGACCAAACACACACACACACACACAGUUCUCUGUACAUUAGGAGUGUUUAUGUUUGCAGUCUGCAGUAAUCCGGUUCUCUGUGUAUGUGUGGAUGUUAAUUUAAGUUAAUUUAUAGUGCAGAUAUUGUGUUCAUGGUGUUUUGGGUUUCUCGCUCUCUGCUGCUGGAUUUGUGAUAACUGACACAUUGUGUGUGUGAAACGACACACUGUUCACUGCUGAAGGUGGCGGGACAAACAUUCGAGUGUGAUUCAACUCGUGGACUUCAUGUGUGUGUCAGAGAGCUGCAGUGUGUUAUCACACACUAACACUUUUAUUAGCUGGCUCUCCACAAGAGAACACAGAGGACACUUUGUAGAAGACAUAUUUUUGUAAAGGCAGGAGCUUUGACUUUUAUGGGUAUUUUGUCAACACUGAAAUAAAGAUUAAUAUAAUA